CUGGCUCACUUAAGGAGUACAUAAGGAGUGUCCCAGUUAUUGACCACAGCAAGUGCACUCAAAGGACGGCAGCGCUGUGAUACCUCUGACACUGCAUGAGUUGUACAGGCUUCCCAGAAUGAAACUACUUUUCCUUACUUCCCUGGUGGUGCUCUUAGUGAUAACGGAAGCAGGCUCUUAUAAAAAGUCUCGCUUCAGGCGUGAACUGGCUCCAGGACUUCACACCCAGGGAAUAAGAGAUGCAAGUGGCUCAUACUGCCAGAAGAGGGAUAGCUGCUGCCCUGGGAGAGAUGACCAUUGUACGGUUCCAUAUUUGGAUACCAUCUGUUACUGUGAUCUGUUCUGUAACAGGACAGUGUCCGACUGUUGCCCUGACUUCUGGCACUACUGCCUAGGCAUCGAACCGCCAAGCAUUGUCCUAAAAGCUUGUGAUCGCAAUGGCCAGCAUUACCCAAAAGGGGCAACUUAUCGUGAAAACUGCAAUCUAUGCACUUGUGCCAAUGAAGGAAGAUGGCAUUGUGAGCAGAAUCCAUGUCUUAUCAAUGCAAAAGCCAUGGAAGCCAUAAACACAGGGGAUUAUGGCUGGACUGCUGGAAACUAUAGCCAGUUUUGGGGCAUGACUUUAGAUGAAGGGAUCCUGUAUCGCUUGGGGACUGUAAGGCCCUCUUCUUCCGUCAUGAACAUGAAUGAGAUACAUGUAAAUAUGAACAAUGACGUUAUGCCUUCCCACUUCAAUGCUGCAGAAAAGUGGCCAGGACUGGUGCAUGAACCGCUAGAUCAAGGAAACUGUGCAGGCUCCUGGGCUUUCUCCACCGCAGCGGUUGCAUCUGACAGAAUUUCCAUCCAGUCGAUGGGGCACAUGACACAAGCCCUGUCCCCUCAGAAUCUUCUAUCCUGUGACACUAGAAAUCAGCAUGGCUGCAGAGGCGGGCGGGUGGAUGGAGCCUGGUGGUAUCUGCGAAGGAGAGGGGUUGUCUCAGAACCAUGUUAUCCAUUCACUAGUCUGAAUGCAAAUGGACAUUCUGCCUCCUGCAUGAUGCACAGUCGCUCCAUGGGAAGAGGGAAGAGGCAGGCCACCAAUAAUUGUCCUAACCAAUACUAUUCAUCCAAUCAAAUCUACCAAUCUACACCAGCAUAUCGUCUGGCAUCUAGUGAAAAAGAAAUUAUGAAGGAACUAUCCGAAAAUGGACCUGUGCAAGCAAUAAUGGAGGUACACGAAGAUUUCUUUAUGUACAAGAGUGGAAUUUACAGACACACUCCAGUGACAGAGAGGGAACCAGAGCAUCACCGCAGACAUGGGACACACUCUGUAAAGAUUACUGGAUGGGGUGAGGAAAGAGGAAGAGAUGGACAGACACAUAAAUACUGGCUGGCUGCCAAUUCCUGGGGUAGAGACUGGGGAGAAGAUGGAUACUUCCGCAUCGCUCGAGGGGACAACGAGUGUGAGAUUGAAACCUUCAUUGUUGGCGUAUGGGGCAGAGUCAGCAUGGAAGAUGUUGCCCGCAAAAAGUAACGGCUUUCCCUGGACUCCACGUAUUUAUAACAUGAAUGGCUUUGAGCCAACCAGGUCCCUUGCAUUUGGAUUCUGAUAUUUUUUAAAAUUUUAAAAUAAGAGGCCUUGGGAAUAAGUGGACAACAUGUUUCUUGCAGUGAAUAUAAGUUACUGGCAAGGGUAGCAGAGCUGCUGAAGAAAUCUGCUGCUCACUGCACAGCUCUUCAUCAUAACCAAAAAGAUCUCUUAAAUGGUGACUGAGAACAACAGUAAAGGUUUUGUAUUCCCUCUACCAGGAUCGUUGUAUAACCUAAAAAACAACUGCUAUACGAUCAGCACUACAUAUCCCUGCUGUGUCCUCACAACUCAGCAUUCACUUCAAAGAUGGUUUAACAUAUCCCAAAUGAAAAUAACUCAGCCCCCCUCUUAGUGGCACAACAAGAGAGAACUCCUGUGUAAUCAAGCUCACCAUGUUGUGCUGACACAUGCACAUUCACAUUGGGUUUCAAUGGGAUAACAGUGCACAUAAUCCUAUAAUCUCUGUAGAGAUCAGAAACAUAUUGUUUGGUGCUAUGAGCAAAGGAUGCUCAGUCCUGUGAACCUGUCAAAUGCAGGAAUUCUCUGCCAGCCCCAAAGCUAUAGGAGCAUAAAAUGAGUGACUUUGUGAUGGGGAGGGGAAGUCACCCAUUAAAAGAGUAGCCCUCCCUUUCCCCAGAAUGAAUCAGUAGUGAUUAUAUGGUUUUAGACAGAAUUGGAAGAGUGUGAAAUUAGAUAAUUAUCUCUUGACCAAAACGAUAUAUAUAAUAUAUAUAAUUUUAGAAAUAUAUAAUUUUCUUACUUAUGACAAAACGGAUUCUUUUGUACGUGUGUUAUUAUACUCCCUGUAAUGUGAUGUCUUUGCAAACAUCUAGCUCUUUCUGCAGGCUGUACCAUAACCCUGUAACCUUAAGGUGGCCAUACACGGGCCGAUAAAAGCUGCCGACAGACCGUGUCGGCAGCUUAUUGGCCCGUGUAUGGG